CAAGAUAGCUGAGAAGCAGCUAAAUGCGUUUUUUCACCUGUAACAUCGAUCAUUUUAACUCCACUGAGUCGAAGUUUCGUAAAAUGGGCGACAAGAAGAGCCCUACAAGGCCAAAGCGGCAAUCGAAGCCCUCCGCCGACGAUGGGUACUGGGACUGUAGCAUCUGCACGUUCAGGAACACCGCUGAGGCGUUCAAGUGCAUGAUGUGUGAUGUCAGGAAGGGUACGUCAACUCGAAAACCACGGCCUGUUUCUCAGCUGGUUGCACAGCAAGUGAAUCAGCAGUUUGUACCCCCCAUGCUCCCCAAAAAGGAGAAGGAAAAAUCUGAGAAAGACAAGAGUGACAAAGAGCCAACACAUAAAAAGAAAAGCCAUAAAAAGAUGAGGCCCCGGUUAAAAAACAUAGACCGGAGCAGCGCCCAGCAUCUAGAGGUCACCGUUGGAGACUUGACAGUAAUAAUCACAGACUUUAAGGAGAAAUCCAAACCCACGUCCACUUCGACAAGCGCCGCCUCAGCAGACCAACACAGUCAAAGUGGCUCGAGCACUGAUAACACUGAACGAGGGGUCUCCAGAUGCUCUUCGCCCCACAGGGAAGGCUCACCGGUGAACGGAGAGACUCACUAACGCGUUCUCCUGCACUCUCGACAGCCUCAACGAGCGAUCUUAAACUUCAACAUGCAUUACUAACACUAUAAGUUCCAUUGUGAUAGCGUUUGCCUUUUUUUGGGGCUGUAUUCUUCACUGCCUUUCCGUGCUGAUAAAGAAUUCGGGAGUCGGGACGUACGCUGUACGCUCGACUCGAAAGAACUGCUGCCACAAAGAUCUGUCGCGAUGGACUGAAAAAAGGGAACGGCAGCAUUUCAAAUCCUGGAUUUCUUUCCACGUGUUGUGAUUGCUCAAGUUGUAACACGUCCGUGUUACGUCAGCGUCGCACUGGGUUACUCGUUGCUGCGCACAAUACUUGGCGGGGCGCAUUGAGAAAGAAAAUGAUAGUCAUCUUAGAACUGUAGUUUAUUCUUGAAUUUUGUUAUCGUUAUUUGCACUUAAUGGCAUUCUAUGUUCAUGAUUAAAAAGAAAACGUGUGCAUUAUUUUCACUUUUCCCAUUAUCAGUAAAUCAUAACACUGGUUACUGACUUUAUUCAGCUCUCAUGUUAUGCCAUUGGAUGCAAUCUUUUUCCUUGUUUUUCUGUCCUGUAACAUUUGAGUAAAAAUAUUGAAUAAUUAUUCCAAGUAUGCUUCUCAUUCACUUGGUAGAGUUAAGCAUGGUUUAAUCUCUAGAAUGGUUUAUAUUGUAAAAUAAUGUUAAAUAAAACAAGUUGUAGAUA